AGUUUUUGUAUCUGGAAGCUCGUUGGACAUUUUGGUGUUUUUGACAUUCCCUCCGAGUUCAACUCUGUGUUUACAUCGGUGUGUCACCAUGGCUCGCAUGAACAGACCUGCCCCUGUGGAGAUCACGUACAAGAACAUGAGGUUCCUCAUCACCCACAAUCCCACCAACGCCACCCUGAACAAGUUCAUCGAGGAGCUGAAGAAAUAUGGAGUCACCACUGUAGUGAGAGUUUGUGAGGCCACCUACGACGCCGCCCUGGUGGUGAAAGAGGGAAUCCAGGUUCUGGAUUGGCCGUUCGAUGAUGGAGCUCCUCCCUCCAACCAGAUCGUGGACGAUUGGCUGAACCUGCUGAAGCUGAAGUUCCGGGAGGAGCCAGGCUGCUGCGUCGCUGUCCACUGUGUGGCAGGACUGGGGAGAGCUCCUGUUCUGGUCGCUCUCGCCUUGAUUGAAUGUGGGAUGAAGUAUGAAGACGCUGUCCAGUUCAUCCGACAGAAGCGUCGAGGAGCGUUCAACAGCAAGCAGCUGUUCUAUCUGGAGAAAUAUCGUCCAAAGAUGCGCCUGCGCUUCAAAGAUUCCAACGGCCAUCGCAAUAACUGCUGCAUCCAGUAGAGCCAAGCCCUGAGCCCCGCCCACACCCCCCCCCCCACCGCCCUGCGGACCAGCUCAGUUCGACCUAGCUAGCUUCUUCGUACCUGGCCGGCUUGUUUCCUUAGUCAUUGUGUUGAA